GGUGAUAAUGCAAAAAGUUAUCAUUUUGAUGCCCUAACAUGUGAAUCGUGUAAAUUAUUUUUUCGGCGCAAUGUUUUGAAAAAUAUUAAUUAUAUAUGUAAAUCUGAUAAUACAAAUAAUACAAAUAACUGUUUGAUAACAAUUGAUACGAGAAUUAAAUGCAAAAAAUGUCGUUUAGCUAAAUGUUUUGCAAUGGGAAUGAAAAGUUCCUUAUUAUAUACGGAAGAGAAAAAACAAUUAAGAAAUUCAUUGAUUAUUGAAAAUAAAAUGAAAUUCAAGAAACAACUGAAACAAAGAUCGACGACAACAACGACUACAACAACUGAUGAUAACAAACGGAUCAGACAUUUGGUGACAACUAUUGACAACAACAACAACACUAGCUAUUCAUUAACGACCAAAACAUCUACUGGAACUGACAGUUCAGAAACUACCAGUUCAUCAAACAAUGGAUCCAAUGAAUCGACGACAACAACAACAACAACAACAACUACUCCCGAGAUAUUAGUGUCGGUAUUAUCUGAGCCGUCUAUAGGCCGGCCAAUUACUACCGCCGCUGCUGACAAUAACCCGAAUGACAUACAGUUUAAUCAAUUAGAGGCCAACUAUUUUGGCGAACUGUGCGCCGCUGUCGGCAAACAACUGAUGCCGUAUUCAUCGGCGGUAAAUGUUGGCCACUGCGGCGGCGACCAACCAAUCAGUGUUGUCGACGUCGACAAUAAAUGGGACGGUAUUUGGAUAUUAGACCAAAGAUUAGACAAAAAAAUAGCCGGAUUUGUAAAAAUGUCUAAAUGUUUGCACGCGUUUCGCGCGCUCACCGAAUCAGAUCAACUGAUUUUGUUGACAAAGUCAUCGCUAAAGAUGGAGAUCUUGCAGAUGAUCAACAUAUUUGACUUUCAGGGCAUGUAUUGGUUGAUUAGUUUUAAUAAUCAAAAAGUUAGAAUAGGUUUGGAUUUAUUUCGUGAAUUUCCGAUAACAACAACAACAAUGACAACCAAACCGCUAAUAGAUAAUAGUAUUUAUGAUAACUAUAAGGAAUUUAUGUGUAAUAUUGGCUUAGAUUGGGAAUCGGAUCCAGUAAUCAUUAAUUUGUUAACUAUAAUAAUACUAUUUGAUCCAAACCUACCUAAUCUUGUAAAUAAAAAUUUUAUUAAAUAUUAUCAAAAUAUUUAUCAACAUUUACUUCAACGAUAUCUACAAAUAAAGUAUAGAUCCCGGAGUUUGUCUCAAACAAAACUAUUGAGACUAAAACAAUGUAUGAAAUUAUUGGAUAAUUUAGGCAAUAAUAUUAGAUACCAGUGCUCUGUUAACAGCAAUGAUAGCAACAAACAUAGGUCGCCACCACUUGUCUGUGAAAUAAUUCGUUCAAUGCACUGCAAGCAUCCCGGAUCAGCAGCAGCCAGUAAAUUUACCUAUAAUAGAACAGCAAGAAUCGAUAGUCAAUGAAAAAAUAAUCACCAAUAGUGACAAUUCAAUUGAAGGUGUAUUCACGACAACUAUUAUUACUACCGGCCGACCUCCGAAAAUACUUGACCAAUAAGAAGGCCAAAGAAGCGGGAAAAAUUACAAACAGAUUACAAACGACG